AUGGAAGUGCCAAGCCGGGCAGGAGAGCAAGCAGGAAAAGACCCUCACCCCAUGCAGUCUGGAUGCAGUGGGAGAUGCUGGGAAGGGACUGUGCAGAAGAUCCCGGAUAAGGCAGAUACCAGCUCAGACCUUUGGCGCCAGCGGUUCAGGGAAUUCUGCUACCAGGAGGCCGAGGGGACCCCGAGAGGUUUGCAGCCGACUCCACAGUCUCUGCCGCCAGUGGCUGAAGCCGGAAAGGCUCACCAAGGCCCAGAUGCUGGACCUGGUGAUCCUGGAGCAGUUCCUGGCUGUCCUUCCCCGGAGAUGGAGAGCUGGGUCAGGGAGUGCAGAGCAGAGACCAGUUCGCAGGCGGUGGCCCUGGCAGAAGGCUUCAUCCUGAGCCAGGAGGAGGGGAAGAAGCAGGAAGAGGAGAAACAGGUGAGAGUAUUUUCAUCCAAGUAGUUUGGAGAGUUGGAAAAUGCAUGCAAGAAGAUUAUAUUCCAACAUGCCCAGCUGAACGAUGGGGGUGGAGAUGCUCCUUCGUAGUUUAGCUUCAUACUGCGUGACAAAGUCCUUCGUUUCAUCUGUCCUGAAUCUUCCAACGUUCAGCUUCCUGCAGUGUCCACGACUUCUAGUGUUAUGAGAGAGGGAGAAAUAAACGUUCCCUUCCCAUUUUAAAGCCCUAUACGGCCUAGGACCCUCGUACCUACGGGACCGCCUCUCCUGGUAUGUCCCACGGAGGACCUUACGGUCUUCAAAUAAAAAUAUCUUGGAGGUCCCAGGCCACAGGGAGGUUAGGCUGGCCUCGACCAGAGCCAGGGCCUUUUCGGCCGUGGCCCCGAUCUGGUGGAAGGCUCUGUCACAAGAGACCAGGGCCCUGCGGGACUUGACAUCUUUCCGCAGGGCCUGCAAGACAGAGCUGUUCCACCAGGCCUUUGGACAAGGCGCAGUCUGACCCCUUCCUUUUGUAAUCCUCAUCGAACUCUAGCCCAAUGGCUGCCAUUAACUUGACUCUGAAUUGAUUUUAGAAUGAAUUGAUUUUAGAAUGUGUUUCAAUUAAAUGAUUAUGAUUUUAUGUAAACUGUGUUAUUAUUACUGUUGUUAGUCGCUCUGAGCCUGGCUUCGGCUGGGGAGGGAAUUUAUUAUUAUUAUUAUUUUCUCCAUGCCAUUGCAUAAUUUUAUAAACAUAUACCAUGUUGCCCCUUACUUACCUUGUUGCUAAACUAAAAAGCUCUAGAAUCUGCCACCUUUCCCCAUGGGGGGGAGUGUUGCGCCCAUCAUCUUGAUCCUUUUCUGAACCACUUCCAACUCAACAGUACCCUUUCCUAGGCGAGGCGACCAGAACUAUCCACAGAAUUCCAAAUGCAAUCAUACCGUAGAGCUGUAUGAUGGCAUUGUGAUACUGGCUGUUUUCGUUUUCGGUUCCUUUCUUGACGACCCCCCCCCCCCCCCCGCAUGGAUUGUUCCUCUUAACCUGUUGCCUCCUUGGGAUCCUUGCUUCUGUUUCAGGUGCAAGGCCCACUCCUGGGGGUCGCCGCUGGUUCCUCCAAGUUGGAGAACGCCCCACACAAUCCCUGUCAGAAGCUGCUCUCUGUUGGCGUCGCCCAGGAGAUUCGAAGUCGGGGCGUUUUGCUGGGUAAGAGAGGAUUCCUUUCUUCCUAAGUUGUUGGAAUUGUGAGAAGUUGUGUUUCCUUCAUUGCAAGGGGGUUGGACUAGAUGACUGGGGCCCUUCCAGCUCUAUAAUUCUACGAUUCUACACGUUCCCAGGAGAAAUUCCUACAUGAACAGCUCCAAGACCACUGGGUCUCUCCUUUUGUGGGCACCUAGAACGUAAUGAGCUGUUUAUUUAUUUUAUUUUAUUUGUUUUGUUUUAUUUUAUUUGUUUUAUUUUAUUUUAUUUUAUUUUAUUUUAUUUUAUUUAUUUUUCCAAUUUACCUUUUUUUGAAAAAAAAACAGCAACACUUGAUUCCAAAACCGAAAAAGAAUUACAAACUUACAAAUUCAAAAGCCAGAGGCGUGUCUUAAUGUAAGCCUAUUAUAUAGGCUUACAUUAUUAUAUAGGUCUGUUCUUAACCUGAAACUCUUCUUAACCUGAAGCACCACUUUAGCUAAUGGGGCCUCCUGUUGCCGCCGCUCCCCUGGAGCACGAUUUCUGUUCUCAUCCUGAAGCAAAGUUCUUAACCCGAGGUACUAUUUCUGGGCUAGCAGAGUCUGUAACCUGAAGCGUAUGUAACCCAAGAUACCACUGUAUUGUAUCCAGCCUUAUGCAGAGUUCAUUAAUGCACAAUUUUGAAAAAUUAUUAAAUUUGUAUACUACCUUUCACCUGUAGAUCUCAGGGUGCUUCACAACAAUUUCAAUGUUUCUUCCCACCACCAUCUCACAGAGAACGAGACGACGUCACUGAUGCUCUUGAAAACAUCUCUUUACGGCGGGUCGGAAAUGGCUGCUAGACCUACUGCUCAGGUAGGGAGAGGACCACACGAGGCGAACGAGUCCUAGACAAUGGCUAACCAGGUGCCCCGGAGAAGCAACAGCAGCAUGCGUAUUGCAUGUGUGACGAUUGCUGCGUCAGGAGGAAGCUGCCCAGGCCUUCUCCCGAUGAGACAUUUGCCUGCCAGGCUGCACUGGUCUGUGUGGCCGCUCAGGACGCUGCAUUGCCCAGGGCAACAUCCCACCAGGCUGCGCUGGGUCAGGAGACUGACUUGCCGCCAGGUCUCCUCGACCCCCUCAAGACUGGAGGGGCUGAGCUCCAUAUCUCCAUAGGGCUGUAAAUGGAGGGGGCUGUUGAGACUACUUUCCCCUCACAGGCUCUUAGGCUUAUCGAAUCCCGCCGCUGUCUCCACUUUACUGUGGCGAUCACACAGGGUCCCCGGACAUUUCACCAUCUAUUGAUCCCUGUGCCACCACUUUAUUUCUCGCUGCCACCACCCAGGCCCUACCUGGUUGGAGGGCAACCAAAAUGGUCAAAGGCCUGGUAACGAUGCCUUAUGAGGAACGGCUAAGGGAGCUGGGCAUGUUUAGCCUGGAGAAGAGGAGGUUAAGGGGUGAUAUGAUAGCCAUGUUCAAAUAUAUAAAAGGAUGUCACAUAGAGGAGGGAGAAAGGUUGUUUUCUGCUGCUCCAGAGAAGCGGACACGGAGCAAUGGAUCCAAACUACAAGAAAGAAGAUUCCACCUAAACAUUAGGAAGAACUUCCUGACAGUAAGAGCUGUUCGACAGUGGAAUUUGCUGCCAAGGAGUGUGGUGGAGUCUCCUUCUUUGGAGGUCUUUAAGCAGAGGCUUGACAACCAUAUGUCAGGAGUGCUCUGAUGGUGUUUCCUUCUUGGCAGGGGGUUGGACUCGAUGGCCCUUGUGGUCUCUUCCAAUUCUAUGAUUCUAUUCUAUGGUUAUCCGUGUCUUACGUAACAAGACACGAGUGCAAUCUUGAAAUACCCAGCACUUGUAAAAGUUUCUUUCUCGUCCCUUUGCAAACCUCACAUUCUUUGCGUCACUCCUCUUUCCCUUUUUCUGCCUGCUGUUUUAGGAGGUGGGAGAGUCAAAACUGGUCCCCAAGACCAAGAAGGCUCCCCUGGAUGCCACACAGAGGCCGUGGCUCAGGUGGGUUGUGGAAGAGGGUGAUGGAGACGCCUCCCCCCCAGGUAAGGAUUAAUAGGGAUCAAUUUCAGCCUGAUCUGUCCCUUGACGGUGUUAGCCACUGCCGGGUCCUCCCUUUUUUCCAGCUUAUGAUAGACAUUCGGGAUGGAUAAAUGAGAGCACCUCUUCAUUUGUUGCUUUUUUGAUAAUAAUUUUUACUAGUUCUCAUUUACAACAAUCCAAUCCAAUAACAGCCUCAUUAUAACAAUGCCAAAUUAUAAUACAAUUAAAAAUACCAAUCAUUGAGAUGCCAAAUUAUACAAUUUAGGUGGCCCUCUGCGUGCUAGAAUUAAUGGUUUGAUGUUUCCCUUUCUGUCUGUGUUCCAAAGUCUUAUAAAUUUCAUUCAUGCUCCAUUCCAGGUAAAGGUAAAGGGAACCCUGACCAUUAGGUCCAGUCAUGACUGACUCUGGGGUUGCGGCGCUCAUCUCGCUUUAUUGGCCGAGGGAGCCGGCGUACAGCUUCCGGGUCAUGUGGCCAGCAUGACUAAGCUGCUUCUGGAGAACCAGAGCAGCGCACGGAAACGCCGUUUACCUUCCCGCCGGAGCGGUACCUAUUUAUCUACUUGCACUAGGACGUGCUUUCGAACUGCUAGGUUGGCAGGAGCAGGGACCGAGCAAGGGGAGCUCACCCCAUUGCGGGGAUUCGAACCGCCGACCUUCUGAUCGGCAAGUCCUAGGCUCUGUGGUUUAACCCACAGCGUACCAACCCCUUAUAUCGCACCUGCAGUUUUAACGACUUCCAUUCGUACUGACGCAUUGAAUAAUUUCUGCACCUACAGAUGAAGCAUUCAGACUCCCUCCUUCCUGUGUGCCUGUAAUAUUUCUUCCAUCCUUGUAAUUUAUUAUGUCUAUCUUUUGUCAAUUGUUGUUGUUCUCCUGCAUGCCUUGGGUGUCCCAUUGCUGCUUCAGAAAAUCUCCAUUGUUUUACAGCUACAAAAGUCACACUGUCCCAAUAAGUUUCCACUUUUCCCCAUCUUUCUCUCAGCCUGGGAGGGGGAGCAAGCUGUCGAACUUCAAAUAACUCAGUAAUGAGCCUUAUCAACUUCUUGGCAACUUCUUGAAUGAGCCCAGGCAGCUAACGGGAUCAGAUGUCUGCAGAACCUGCAUGCUUUUUUUUUCUUCCUCUCAGGUGGUGAAAUGAUCUUGGAGCCUCAUUCUGGUUCUUCCCCUCUUUGGGAUAGAGCUAAAGCAGUUGAUGUGCAGUCCAUGGAUCAGGUACGAGAAGAAUUGCUUUCAGGGACACAUUCAUAGAAAGUCCAAACCCAUGCAGUGCAGGAAUCACAGCCAAAUAAUCCCUGACCGAUGGCAGAGAUUGGCCGAGGGGGGUGGCAGCAAAGACUGGGCAUCCUUUGUGAUGCUUUCAGAGACUGUCUACCUGGAAGUUUUUGAAUGCACCUUAGAUCUUACAGGGGAAAUUUUAGGUACCUCCACCUUUUUUAACUUCAUUGCUGGAUUCUUUACAUUGCCCAUGGGAAGAAAAUAUUUUCCUUCUCUCCUUUCAGGGUGUGGUGACAUUUGAAGAAGUGGCCGUGGAUUUCACAGAGGAGGAGUGGGUUCUGCUGGAUCCAGACCAAAAAUGUCUGCAUAGGGAGGUCAUGGAGGAGAAUUAUGGGAAUCUGGUCUCCUUGAGUAAGCAACCCUCUUUGCCUUCUGCACAUCUUAUGGCCUAGACUGUAAGCUUAGUUGCUAAUACAGUGGUACCUUGGUUCUCAAACUUAAUCCGUUCUGGAAGUCUGUUCCAAAACCAAAGUGUUCCAAAACCAAGGCACGCUUUCCCAUAGAAAGUAAUGCAAAAUGGAUUAAUCUGUUCCAGACUUUUUAAAACAACCCCUAAAACAGCAAUUUAACAUGAAUUUUACUAUCUAACGAGACCAUUGUUCCAUAAAAUAAAAGCAAUAAACAAUGUAUUGCAGUCACACAAUCAGUCAAUCAGUAGCUGAACUGGGUUCCACACAGUCACAAAAACAAAAGAGCCACAAAAACAAAAACGCAAAAUAAAUAGCAAAAACAGACAGACCUCAGCGUAACACUCAAAAAGGAGCACGUUCGGCUUCCGAAGAAAGUUCGCAAACAGGAACACUUAUUUCUGGGUUUGCAGUGUUUGGGUUCCAAGUUGUUUGAGUACCAAGGCAUUUGAGAACCAAGGUACCACUGUACGGAGUGAGGGCCCGUCUGCACUUUACACUACAAGCACGGGCGGAGGAAGAGGAGUGCGGGGGGAGCGUAGUGCCCCCGGCAGCGUGAUCCUGGUGGGGUGCCAUCGCGGCUGCCUCCCCGCCUAUGCUGGGUGCCACGCCCCACAGGCGGCGCACCACGCCCCGUGGGUGGCAUGCCACACCCCCGGGACACGCAUCAGCCCUGCUCCCACCUGCUUUCCGCCCCCCAGUGCUGGAGCAUGAAGCUCCGCCACUGUUUACGUGAAGUAUUGUACCACUUUAAACAGUAAAAGCUUCUUGAAAACCAACACCUUACUGUUUAAUGAAUACCACAGUUAGUAGGGUUUCUUUCCUGAUUUGAAAGAUCCAUUUCUUACCAGUUUUCUCUUUCUGUUCCUCCAGGGGGUGGGAGAGGAAACAGAGAAGCGUGUGAGCAGCAGAGCAGGAAAACUGAAACAAAGAGGAAGCUUGUUGAUUUCCAGAGCUGUGACUGCUCAGAAAUCCGAGUGCAUGAAGAGCGUUGCCAAGCAAGCAAAAGGAAUAAUAUUCCGCUACGUGAAGAUGGCGCAACUGGCAAAGCGGGCAUUAGAGCACAUCAGAGAAUCCACACAGGGGAGAAACUGUAUAGAUGUGCCGAGUGUGGGAAGAGUUUCACCGAGAGCACAAGCCUAGUGAGACACCACAGGAUCCACACGAGGGAGAAACCAUAUGUGUGUGCGGAGUGUGGCAAGAGCUUCACUCUGAGCACAACCCUGAGAAGGCACUACAGGAUCCAUACCGGGGAGAAGCCGUACACGUGCUCGGAGUGCGGAAAGCGCUUCAGCCAACGAACGAACCUGAUCUCCCAUCAGAGGACCCACACCGGCGAGAAGCCCUACCGAUGCUCCGAGUGCGGCAAGAGCUUCACUACGAACAUAAGCUUGACGUCGCACCAGAGAAUCCACACUGGGGAGAAGCCGUACACGUGCUUGGAAUGCGGAAGGAGCUUCGCCGAGAGCACAACCCGCACAAGACACCAGAGAAUCCACACGGGCGAGAAGCCAUAUCGGUGCUCCGAGUGUGGAAAGAGCUUCAGCGUUACUGCAAGCCUCACGAGGCACUACCGGAUCCAUACCGGAGAAAAGCCGUACAAAUGCUUGGUGUGCGGAACGAGAUUCAGCCACAUGAACACCCUUACCUCGCACCAGCGAACUCACAUGGGGAGGAGCAUUCAUACAGGUUAA